CGCGACGCUGGAUGAUGACGUUUGAGUUUAGGACAUAAACAACAUGGAUGAGAGAGAAGCGCUGAAAAGGCAAAUCGAUCUGUUGCAAAAUCUCAUCAAUAACCAUAGAAGUAUCCAUGGUGAUGCCCCUUCUUGUUCUGGCCAGCAGUGGCACCCWGCGAGACCACCAGCCCGAGGCAGGAGUCCCAGCUCAUUUUUCAGCCCUGCAUUCUCCUCGCGUGGUGGGCCUCACCCCCCUCAACCCACAGGACACUGGAGGAAGAGCUUCACCCUCAGUAGCAAGACCAGCUCAUCCCAGCACAGUAGACCUACUACACAGACUGCCAAGCCCUCUCUAGAGCAGCAGGGUAGACCAAUACAGAUUACCAAGCCCUCUUUAGAUUCUGCAGCACCCAACUCCUCUACUGGCUUCCUGUCCCUUCAUGCUGCAGAUACCUUACAGUCCAGCCACAGCAGUAAGGACCCAGCUAGAGGAGAGAAGGAUGGAACAAAAUGUGCUACGUCUAGGGAUCUAACAGGGCMAAGGGGCCAGCAGUACGCACUCAUAGGGGGAGUGAGAAGAUCUAUGACGGGGACAGGCAGUGGAUCCACAGCUAUAGAGGCAGAGACUGAACCCGGCAGAGGAAGGACAGGACCUGGGAGCAAGGAUGGGCUGGGAGUCUCGGAGCUUAAAGGGCCUGGACCUCCAGAGGACCAGCAUAGAGAAACAAAACACAAUAUUCAGGCCAAGAUUGAAGGGAAGAGCAUAGGACUGGGACUGCCUCUGAUGGUGACCGCCCCUGGACAAAUGGACUUGUCAGGUGUCCCUACCUCAGCCAAAACGACCACCACUGCCACCAGGGUUCAGAGCACUGCUCAGCUACAUAUUAAACAUUGCGGGACUGGGAAAACCAACACAGCAGCUAAGCAGGUUGUCGCCAAGGCAACCUCCAACAGCAACCCCACCCCUAGCGAUGCCAAUUCACUUCCUUUACCCCUUCCACCUCAUCUCUCUGCUCCCCCUAGUGCCUCUCUCAGUCCCAGGUCCAAGCUCACCCCAGCCCAGCCAGCCUCCUCUCCMCAGAACCACUCCAAGUUUACCUGGGUGAAGAGCCAUCAGCCAGGAGGAGUCAGGCCCAGCCAGGCCAGAAUAGAGUCCCGGCCCCCAGAAAAUCGAAUCACCUCUGUCACCACCACAGUCUCCCAUUCUGGGGUCCCUAGUAGUUWCUCAUCCAGCCCCAGUUCCAGUAGGAAAGCCUUUGCCCCCAGAAAGAAGGUUCCCCGUAGGCUCAGUUUAUCCACUGCAGUCCCUAAGACCUCCAAGUACACCUGGGUGUCCUCCUCUGCAGGGGCCCAGGCUAGGCUGUCCCGGAAGYCUCUCUCACCCAAAGACCUGGCUCUGGCUCUGCCCCAGAGAGCUACAGAUGGGUUGGUAGCCAAGAAACCAAAAUCCCUAAAUCUUUUAGCCAAGCAGCGUAAGGCAGCAGGGGCCUCCUYCUCCACUACCCUCAGUAGUCGCUACUGCUGGAAGGCAGGGCCUGGGGGAGGGGGGCAGACUGGCUCCGGGACAGGGUCCAGAGGUGGGUCUCUGUUCCGCUGGACCUCAGAGAAAGAGAACGGKGCCAAGGGGGGGUCCAGUGUCCCUCCAUCUGUAACUCAACGCACCGCCUCCUCUUCCCCUGGAGGGUUCAAACUCAGGAGCAGGAUGAAGAUCAUCAGGAGGUCAGUUAGCAGUGGGUCUGGGGCAGAACGGAGAUCCAGCCCAGCAGCCAUGAACCUGAUCAGCCGCUACUCUCUGCGCCUUAGGACACACACUCCGGUCCGGACACAAACUGCAGUGAGGACACGCACCCUUGUCCAGAGCCCGGGGGGUGUGAAGAGGAGCCCGUCCCUUGAACUGGUCUCAUUUGGCAGACACAAGCUACGACGUCUCUCCCCCAACCMCUCCAGGACAGGUCCCGCCUCUCUGUCCCUGCAUAGCCAAUUGUCUCAGCGGGUUUUCAGGACGCGGUAUAAGAUAGUGACGCGCCUGGGCGGAGCCACCUCGCACACACCCCACUAUAGCCACGCCCUCUCCUGGAGAGCCAAGAGGAUCCAUACGGCCAGGAGUGUGCUCCAGAGUCGUCUGCGUCCCCCGGACAGGACAGGCACCCCCGGCCCAACACUGGAGAGGCAGAGGGUGGGCAUGCGCUGGAUUGGCGGAAACCUUUACAGCGUCUCAGCCAAUAAGCUGUCCCGCACUGUGACAACCAGUGCGCCAAUCAACAGGACAGUGCGGUUGUCCAGUCCACAGGAAGUCUCCCACACCACCUCUAGCACUUUCAUCCGGCCCUCCAGCACUCGUUUUGUGGCUAGUCGUGCGGUUCAGAGGAGUCUAGCCAUCAUCAGGCACGCUCGUCAGAAGAAGUCCCAGAAACAGUACUGUAUGUACUACAACCGCUUUGGCAAGUGUAACCGUGGCAAUACCUGCCCCUACAUCCACGAUCCUGAUAAGGUGGCCGUCUGUACCAGGUUCCUGAGGGGUACGUGUAAGCAGACAGGUGGGACCUGUCCAUUCUCCCAUAAGGUGGCCAAGGAGAAGGUGAAACUAUCUGACACACACACACACACACACAUACACACACACACACACAACGACCUUGAGGUGAGAGUAUGUGAAACGUCAAUGUCUCUCACACCAGCUGGGUUGGAGUGUACUGUGUAGUUAGGCAGUUAGCGUUUGGCCCCGUCAGGUAUAUAGCCAGGGAGGAGGUGAGAAUAUGGUGUCACACACUUACAGAUCUGCAAACAUUGAAGGAUUAAUGGUAGGGGGUAGGGAAAGGGAUUGCAUUAGGACCGACUGUUAGUUUACCACCCAGAGAUAGAUAUGGAGACAUGUCACAUACAAUACGUGGUGUUUAGAGUUAUG